AUGCAUAUUCUUUUAUCGGUUGCUUGCGUGCUUGGAGUAGUAGCUGCAGCUCCAAGUGGAGGUUAUGGUUACGGUUACGACCAGAUAUCUGUUGUCGAUGGUUAUACCGAACCACGUUAUGAGUUUAACUACGCCGUGAAUGAUCCAAGUACCGGCGACAACAAGUCCCAGUCUGAAACCCGGGAAGGCGGCGUCGUGAGGGGAUCAUAUUCAUUGGCUGAACCCGACGGUACUAUACGUGUGGUGGAGUACACAGCUGAUGAUGUUCGCGGUUUCAACGCAGUAGUCAAGCGGAUCGGCCAGGCCUCGCACCCACAAACAAUUAGGCCGGUUGUCAAAGAAGUUGUGCAACCAGUCUACCAACCGAUCCAAGAGUCGGUCUACGAUUCCGUAUCGUUGCCGAUCACAGACGGAUAUUCUAUCGGCAAUGACUACAACCUCGGUGGAUACGAGGGAUACCAGAGUGACUUAGGUCUUGGUUUAGAAUUAGGAUACGGAGGAUAUGAUCUAGGAGGUCUCGGACACGGCUACGGCGGACACUAA